AUGCCUGAUCAGUUGAGAUAUGACUCUCUCGGGUGCACAACUGGUCCCGAUUCUGAGAUCAAGACUCCGAAUAUUGACACAUUCGCUGCUAGAGGUAGUCUGUUCACGAAUUGUUUCACGCAAGCCUCUGUGUGUUCGCAGUCGAGAUGUAGUAUGUUUACCGGAACAUACCCUCACGUCAGCGGCCAUCGAAGUCUUGAGAAUCUCAUCAAGCCAUGGGAACCAAACAUCUUUCGGAGUUUGAAGGAAUCCGGCUAUCACGUUGCGUGUCUUGCGCCACGAGGCGAUACCUUUGCACCGACUGUCACGGAGCUGAGUCUCAGUGAAUACGGAUUCCUUGAAACACCCGAGUUCACGCCAAAGUUUGCAGGUGGCGGACGAGAAGUUGAUGAGAGCAUUUGGGGACGGUUGUUCUAUCGUGGAUUGAGAGGCGCGGAUAAAGCUUUGGACUAUGAUGAAGCUGUUGUGAGAUCUGCUUUGACGUGGUUGGACUGUCCACCUACGGAUAAGCCAUGGGUUCUGUUUAUGCCUCUCAUCUUCCCGCACUGUCCGUUCCAAGUUGAGGAGCCGUACUUUUCGAUGUAUGAUCGCUCUAAAGUCUCCAGCGUGGAGGCGACGGUCGAUAAGAAGACGGGAUAUGAACCGCGGUAUAUGAAGUCGAUUCGGGAGAAGUAUGGUACGCAUCGUGCGACGGAUGAGAUAUGGAGGGAGAUCAAGGCCACCUAUUAUGGAAUGAUAACACGACUUGACGAUCAGUUCGGAAGAGUUCUCAAGAAGGUUGAUGAGCUUGGUAUUUGGAAAGACACUGUUACGAUGUUCUUCACCGACCAUGGAGAGUAUCUCGGUGACCACGGGCUCAUUGAGAAGUGGCCUUCAGGGCUCUCUGAGACUCUGGUACACGAACCUCUCAUCAUUGGCGGUGCGGGACUGCCAGAAGGAAAGAGGAUCGAUGCUAUGACGGAAAUGGUGGACUUGGUACCGACGAUGCUGGAGACAUCUGGAAUUAGAGAGUCAUUCGCUCACAACGGACUCUCAUGGAUCCCUCUUCUAUGCGGCGAUGCCAAAACACACAAAAAGUACUCUUUCUCUGAAGGCGGCUUCCUUACAUCAGAGGAACCCAUCCUCGAACAGGCGCCAUAUCCUUACGAUCUCAAAGCCGGCCUUCAACACGAAGACACGACUUUAGUUGGAAAAGCCAUCUCACUGCGCGAUGAGAACUGGACCUACGUGUACCGACUGUACGAACCAGCUGAGCUGUAUCAUCGACGUAACGAUCCUCAUGAGCUUCAUAAUCUGGCUCAAGACCCGGAUCAUAAGGAGUUAGCGGAUAAGUAUGAGAAGGCUACGUUGAAGUGGCUCUUGGAGGGGGCUGAUGUUAUGCCUUGGACGAAGGACCCGAGAUUUCCUGAAGUGAACUUGAAGAGUCCGAGGGAGCAGAUGGAGGAGAGACUGAAGCAGGUCAACAGUGAUUAG